CUGGUUGCUGAGAGUCCUCAGACAGUAUACAAAAUAUUAACGAAGCAAUAACAACAAAUACAAAACAAGUGAAAACUCUGUUGCUUGGAGUGGUGACAUUAAAUGGAAAUGCGAUUUGGUUGAAAAUAACGAAGCUUGUUAUUAUAAACUGUACGUGUGAGUUUGUUUAGACGUUAUAUCCAAGUGAAAAUGAAGCCUACUCAGCCCAGUAUCAAUAACAGCGGCGUUGCCUCAAAUGCAAAUAAUGCCGGCAAGGUGGGCGAACCCAUCGAGUAUGUGACAUUAAUUAGUGAUGAUUCCGAUGGCGAACCGUCGCCUAAGCGUAGCAACAACGCUCCAACUGCUGCUCCAGCAAAAACACAAAGUAAAUUCGAUGACGACUCCAACGACACGCCAACGGCAACGGGAGACGAGCGACGCACCAGUCGACGCAACAAACCCAAGGUCGACUACACAAGCACCCAUAAAACAGCAUCUGCCGACGAAAAAUCGAAUUCAGUGUCCUCAGGUAGCAGUGCGGGAUUAACCGAGAAGCGUCACCAGAUGGCGGGUGAACAUCGUUCGCGGAAAUCGGAAAAUGCCGGACAGACGCAUGCGGCAGCAGGUAGCAGCAGCGCAAGCACCCGUAGCAGCGUCCAACGGGAUGCCACAAAUGGUGGCAGUGCCAACAUUGGUGAGUCUCGCGACGCCGGUACACCAACAGUGCUUUCGGGUCAAGAAGGCGCCGUGUUUCAAUCUCGUCUGCCCUUCAGCAAGAUGACGCCCAAUGAGGAGGCCUGUUUCCCCGAUAUCAGUCGCUCUGGUAUCUUGGGGCAUCGUGUGUUCCUCAACAUACGCAACAGUUUGCUGCACAUGUGGGUGGACAAUCCCAAACUGCAGUUGACCUUCGACAAUGCCCUCAAAUGUUUGCCGCCGCCUUUCGACAGUGAACCGACAUUAGUUAGACGUGUUCAUUCAUUCCUCGAACGUCAUGGCUUCAUAAACUUUGGCAUCUUCAAGCGACAGCUGCCCAUUCCCAGCAAGAAGCUGGGUAAAGUUAUUGUGAUUGGUGCGGGCAUCUCAGGACUCGCAGUUGGCCAGCAACUACAACAGUUUGGCAUGGAAGUCGUUGUGCUGGAGGCACGAGAUCGCGUUGGCGGACGCAUUGCUACGUUUCGGAAGAAUAGCUACAUCGCUGAUCUAGGUGCGAUGGUUGUAACUGGUGUUUAUGGGAAUCCAAUGACCAUAUUGAGUAAACAGAUUGGCAUGGAUCUGGUGCCCAUACAGCAAACGUGUCCGCUUUACGGACCCGAUGGUAAACCGGUGCCUAAGGAGAAGGAUGAUGUGAUUGAGCGUGAAUUCAAUCGUUUGCUCGAGUCUGCCAGUUAUUUGUCGCAUCGUCUGGACUUUAACUAUGCGGGCAAUAAUCCUGUAUCGCUGGGUGAUGCCCUCGAGUGGAUCAUCAACAUGCAGGACAAAGCGGUGCAGGAGAAACGCGCUUCGCAUAUGCAUGAGAUUAUCGCUGCCCAGAAUAAGAUCAUUGAACAUCGCAAGCGACUUAAGGCCAUCAUUCAGAGCAUUGCCAAGCUGAAAUCUGAUUACCAGGCGCUAGUCAAACAGCGGCUCCCGAAGAGCGGUCAAAAUGAAUCCAGCUAUGCGCAACAGGAGUACAACUUACGCAUCAAUCAGAUCAAACUAGAGGAUAGCCAGAAAGUCGAGGAUGAGCUGCGUGCACAGGGUCAAAAACUCGAGCUGCAAUUGCAGGAGAUUGAACAAAAUCAACCCAGCCAAGUAUAUUUGUCAUCUCGCGAUCGCCUGAUACUCGACUGGCACUUUGCCAACCUUGAGUUUGCUAAUGCCACACGCCUGGACAAUCUUUCCCUCAAACAUUGGGACCAAGACGACGACUUUGAGUUCAUUGGGCACCACACCACAGUGCGCAAUGGCUACUCUUGUGUGCCGGUGGCUUUAACCGAAAAUAUUGACAUACGUCUCAAUAGUGCCGUCAAAGAAAUCAAGUACAGCAACAAAGGAGUUGAGAUUGUGGCUGAGAAUCUAAAGACUUGCACACCAGAAGUCACCUACAAAGCUGAUCUUGCUGUCUGCACACUCACCCUGGGUGUGCUCAAGGUGGCCAUCUCGAAUGAAGAGUCCCAACCGCAUGCCAACACUGUGAAAUUCGAUCCUCCGCUGCCCGAUUGGAAGCAACAGGCGAUACGCCGUUUGGGCUUUGGUAAUCUCAAUAAAGUGGUGCUCUGCUUCGAUCGCAUCUUCUGGGAUCCCAAUGCGAAUCUCUUUGGCCAUGUGGGCAGCACCACAGCCAGUCGUGGUGAAAUGUUUCUGUUUUGGAGCAUCAGUUCGACGCCCGUUUUGCUGGCACUUGUUGCAGGCAUGGCAGCCAACAUUGUAGAGAGUGUGACGGAUGACAUCAUUGUGGGGCGUUGCAUGUCCGUGCUGAAGAACAUUUAUGGCAACACCUCGGUGCCGCAACCCAAGGAGACCGUUGUCACGCGCUGGCGCAGCGACCAAUGGGCACGAGGCUCAUACAGCUAUGUUUCGGUGGGAUCCUCGGGCAGUGAUUACGAUCUGCUUGCCGCGCCAGUUAUACCACCGAAAAGCCAAGAGCCACAUUCCAGCAAGGAACCCGAAGAACUGCCACGACUCUUCUUUGCGGGCGAGCACACAAUACGCAACUAUCCGGCCACGGUUCAUGGCGCUUACUUGAGCGGACUGCGUGAGGCGGGUCGCAUUGCCGACUAUUAUUUGGGUUAUCCGGAGGGAACUCCUGCGGAUAUUGGCUACUCGAUUAGUGAGGCGGCCAAUGCAGUUUCUGUGGGCAACGUUGUCAAGUUGCGAGAUCUCUCGCCCAGACUAUCGGACUCGCCAAAGAAAACCGAAGACAACGUGGACUCGACGGAUGUGCAGUAA